GCACCUUUAUUUGAAUACUAGUUCAUAAAUAGCGCAUUUUAUAACCCUCGUUACCGUAACGAUUAAGCCAGCGUCCAGCGCUGUCAAUAUGGCUUGCUUGAAGAUUUCGGUCGUGUUUUUCUGUGUUCUUUCAGUUCACGAAGUAGUGGGUACGGGAGUUCCCAGAUCCUGCGAGGAUGUUGUGCGUCAGUACAGGGGUACCGUAUUUAAGGAAGGAGUGCACACCAUCGACCCUGACGGUGCAGGGGGAGUGGACGCCUUUCAGGUCACCUGUGCAACUAGAGACGACUUACCUGGCCACGGCGUCACUUUAGUGCCUCACGCAGGUGGUAUCGUGUCACAGCCGAAGCGUUACCAAGGUCCAGGACUUUUCCAACAAUACGCUUCAUUUGAUUACGGACUCACAAAAGAUCAGCUUGACAGUCUAACUCGUAUAUCUGGUAAAUGUCGCCAAUUCGUUCAACUAUCAUGUCAUGAUGCUUGGAAUUUCCACACGAACCCUUGGUGGGUUUCCCGACAAGGAUGGGACAUGACCAACUGGGGAGGUGCCCCGACUAACAGCUCUAAAUGCGGGUGUGCAAUACAGAAUCGCUGUGACAUGUCAAAUGACCAGUGUAACUGCCACCGAGAUGAUGGAAUGUGGAGAGUGGACGCGGGAUAUCUUGACGAUAAGCGCUAUCUACCGGUGAAGCAGGUACCGAUUCGUGAUGUAGAUAACAGUCAUGAAGAAGUAUACUUAACGGUGAAGCCGAUGGAAUGUUACGGAGUUGUGACGAGCGGACAGCCUACCGAAAAGUGCUUCUGCAGUCUAAACGCCGAAGUGAAAGGCUUUACCAAAGCGGGUCCAUUACUCUUUCAACUCCCAGAUCUCAUCUAUGGACAAGGCUACAACGACGUAUGGAUAGAUGACGGCAACCAGAAAAGGAAGGUCACCGACGUGUAUCCACAGUUCUUUAACACCAGGAUACGCCGCCAAAUAUUGCUUUCCAGUUUGGCUCACAACAAAUCACCGGACUGUGUCCGCGUGUUACAAAACUGUCCAGUGGACUGUGAACGGCUAGCCAAAUUGAAAUUUGCCUCCAUGUCCUUGUCCACAAAUAUAACGAAUGCUGGCGUCCAAAAGGCCUUGGGUCAAGUGAUGUGUGAGAACGCCGGGGUGACCAUUCCUCCCCCUGGAAGCCGGAUUGUGGCCUUCUACAAGACUGCGCCUGGCUGUGAUUCCUCUGGCAGUUCCACGUAUUUCCACCCAGAUGAUACGAGCAUUUGCUGCAAAGAGUUCAUCUUGCCUUUCAGCAGACAGCCGUUCAACGUGUUCAAUGAAAAAUGUAGCCCCAAUGUGGACAUCAGCACCAUCUUUGGUUGAGAAAAACUGGAAACGAAUACUUUUGACUAUGCUUUUUGGAAAUACGUGUGACUGCAAUGUUUACAGUUGUAAUAUGAA